CUCCAACCCACCCAAAAUGUCUCCCAUCGCCAUCCCUCCCCCAACAGAAGACCCCUCCACCCUCCCCACCAGCAAAAUCACCCCACCAACCCACCCCACCAUCCUCCACGUCGACCGCCAACCCGGCGCCUUCACCAGCGGCGCCAUCUCGCUCGUCUCCCUGCCCGCCGGCGCCCUCUUCGCCAAAAUCGCCACGGCCACCCCGGCCAAAAAGGCCUACACGAGCGUCCAAACCGGCCGCGACUCCCACAUCGAGCUCAACUCCGACCUCGUCUACUGCAACCACUCCUGCGACCCGUCCCUCGUCUUCGACAUGUCCCGCAUGGAGGUCCGCGUCGUCGACCACCGGCCGCUGAACAAGGGCGAUGCUCUGACUUUCUUCUACCCCAGCUCCGAGUGGGAGAUGGACCAGCCGUUCCAGUGCUCGUGUGGUGCUGGGGAGGGCGUCUGUCGGGGUUGGAUCGCGGGGGCUGGACAGAUGGGUCAGGAUGCGAUUAAGGGAUACUGGUUGAAUCCGCAUAUUGAGGAGAUGGUUGCGGAGCGGUGGGGGGGUGCUCAGGCUUCUUCUUCUUCUUCUUAGAAUAUGGGGGCUGUCUUUACUAGAGUAUGGGGAUGUAGUAUCAUGUCGAAUGUGUAUAUACUUGCAUGAUAGAGUCGCAUUGGAUAGACAUUACUC